CUUCACGCAUCCUAGUGGGCGAUCCGUUCCGCCCCGACGUUCUUAUCGCUGGCGCGGAUGAUUUCGUAGUGAGACCACAGGUCGGGCUGCCAGUGGUUUAAUUUAAUUCAUCAGCAACCAGACAACAUUACAGUCAGACAUACGAUUAACUAUUUGCCUGCCUACACAUCUAAUAGGAGAGGGCAUCGCUCGAUUUACAACCACCACGAUUACGACUUGAGACGAACGAUUUCCAGAAAACAAUUCAACAACUGAAUUGAGAGAAGAGCAACGGUCUCAAUAAACCAAAAGCAAGAAAAAGCACUGAACGACAACAUGUCAAUGGCAUAUUACUUUGCCGCGCACUUCAACGUGCCCAACACCCACAUGAGCGAUAACGCCAUAUCAACCACCACAUCUCCUCUGCCCACAUUACCAGCAGGAGAACAAACACAUCACCCCACCACACCCUCAAAACGGCUCCCCACAGCCUCCCAAAAACAAUCCAUCUUCUUCCUCCUCCCCGCCGAACUCCGCAACCAAAUCUACGACUACCUCCUCUGCGCCAACACCCCAAACUCCAACUCCCUGGUUGAGUACUCGCAACAGCGCAGCCACGCGCCCCAACCCAUCUACCCAGCCAUCCUCGCCACCUGCAAGCGCAUCCACCAAGAAGCCCAGGAUCUCCUCUACUCAACUCACAUCUUCCAAGCCCACCCUUCCCUCCUAACAUCCCUCCCCCACCUCGUCUCCCCGUGGAAACCCCUCCUCGACGCCUCUGCGAUCGCCAAGAUCCGGCGCUGGUACUUAUCCGUGCGCCUGGAUACCGACCCACGGUUUACAGAGAAGCAAGCGACGGCUGCAUUUAGCGGCGCCGAGUAUCUGGAGAUUCAUGCGUGGCAGAGUAUGUUCGAUGGGUGUGACGAUGGGGUUUUACGGCUUUUUGCCGGGAUAAGGGGGGUUAGGGUUGCGAGGGUGACGGGGUGUGCGAAGGGGGAAUUUGCGGUGUGGUUGGAGGGGCAGAUGAUGAGGCCGAUUGAGGAGGAUGUGGUGGAGGUGGAGGAGAGGUGUAGUUGUGCGAAGGGGGUUUGCGGGAAGUGUGGGGAGAGGAUUGUGUGUGAGGAGAAGGUUGUGCGGUGGAUUGGGCAGGAGAGGGAUGUUUGGACUUUCGGGAAUAGAUGAAUGGGUUUACGACUAGGGUUUUUUUGGUAUUUGGGAUGAGGCAG